GCCUGAAAGGGGGUGUGAGAUGCGACGUAUAUUCAAUUGAAGGACAUUGGAAAACGAUUAUUUAGUGUUAUGUAGCUUUCGAUUUAUCAUCUUCGUAACGAACGACUUACUUCGGACACCUCUAAGUUGAAUUUUGGAGACCAUAUACAAGAAGUCAGGCAGUAGCAUGACGAUUCCGGCGUUUUCCAUCCUGUGUGUAGUCCUGAUGCUCGUUUCACACUACAGGCUUAGUAGGGCAAUGAAUAAUAUUGGGGAGUAUAUUGGGACUGAUAUUGAAAUAUCAUGGCUUCCCAACCUAGAUGAUUUAAUGAUGGGUUAUGCACGCAAUUUCAGACCAGGAAUUGGAGGUCCGCCUGUUAACGUAGCAAUGGCUAUUGAAGUUGCAAGUAUAGAUCACAUCUCUGAAGUAAAUAUGGAGUAUACAAUGACAGUAUUUCUUCGUCAGAGUUGGCGGGAUGAGCGUCUCACCUAUAACCAUACAAACAAAACCCUGGGUCUGGACAGUCGCUUUGUGGAUAAACUCUGGCUUCCUGAUACAUUUAUCGUGAACGCAAAAUCUGCCUGGUUUCAUGAUGUCACUGUGGAAAACAAGCUGAUCCGUCUACAGCCAGAUGGUGUUAUUCUUUACAGCAUUAGAAUUACAUCCACUGUAGCAUGUGAUAUGGAUCUUACAAAAUAUCCAAUGGAUGAACAAGAGUGCAUGCUAGAGCUUGAAAGCUAUGGCUAUUCCUCAGAAGAUAUUGUGUACCACUGGUCAGAGAGCCAAGAACACAUUCACGGUCUUGAUAAGCUUGAGCUUUCUCAGUUCACCAUAACUGACUACAGAUUUAACAUAGAGAUGAUGAACUUUAAAAAAGCUGGAAGAUUUCCAAGACUCAGACUUCAUUUUCAAUUGCGGAGAAACCGAGGAGUUUACAUUAUUCAGUCGUAUGUCCCAUCUAUCUUACUUGUUGCAAUGUCCUGGGUGUCAUUCUGGAUCAGCCAGUCAGCAGUGCCUGCUAGAGUAUCAUUAGGAAUCACUACAGUACUGACAAUGACAACCUUGAUGGUCAGUGCCAGAUCUUCUCUUCCCCGAGCCUCUUCUAUUAAGGCUCUAGAUGUCUAUUUCUGGAUCUGUUACGUGUUUGUGUUUGCUGCAUUAGUUGAAUAUGCUUUUGCCCACUUCAGUGCUGACUAUAUGCGAAAACAACGAGCCAAAACCAAGUCAAGCAAAUCAAGUACUGAGUCUAUUGUGAAAAAUGGACAACGGGCAAUGGUGCUGUUUUCUCUAACAGUGGCCAGUAUGAAUCAGGGACUUAUCUACAGCCGUCAGCAACGAUCCCAAAAGCCCCCUGGAGUGGAUAAUGGCAAUACUAAGGCUAAGAAACAUGAAAACAAGAUUGAGAAAAAGGGCUGCUUAAAGUCUGUCUUCAAACCAAUUGAUGCCGACACUGUUGACAUCUAUGCCAGGGCGGUAUUCCCAGCAGCCUUUGCAGCUGUUAACAUUAUCUAUUGGGUAGCAUACACAAUGUAAAACUGGAACUUUGAAUAAGACUGUGAAUAAUAUGUUAUAUAACAAUUAGAACUGUGCCAGUAAUUGCUUAUAUAGUCUUUUUCCUGUUGGAUGGUAUUGUCUCAGUAAAUAUGGAUGCACCACUAGAGCUAAUAAAAGUAGAAGCCUAAUGCUAUCAGCUCCUUCAAACCCACAUACUGACUUGUUUCCCAAGUAUAUUCUGCUUUC